GCCGCUCUGGGCAGCUCUGCUGGCGCUGGGGGCGCUGGCGGGCGUCGGCGUCGGAGGGCCCAAUAUCUGUAUCACCCGAGGUGUGAGCUCCUGCCAGCAGUGUUUGGCUGUGAGUCCCAUGUGUGCCUGGUGCUCAGAUGAGAAUCUGCCUGUGGGUACGCCUCGCUGUAACUUGAAGGAGAACUUGCUGAAGGACAACUGUGCCCCAGAGUCUAUCGAGUUUCCGAUCAGUGAGGCCCGUAUACUAGAGGAUAGACCCCUCAGUGACAAGGGCUCUGGAGACAGCUCCCAGGUUACUCAAGUCAGUCCCCAGAGGAUUGCACUCCGGCUACGACCAGAUGAUUCGAAGAAUUUCUCCAUCCAAGUGCGGCAGGUGGAGGAUUACCCUGUGGACAUCUACUACUUGAUGGACCUGUCCUACUCCAUGAAGGAUGAUCUACAGAGCAUCCAGAGCCUGGGUACCAACCUGGCCUCCCAGAUGCGCAAGCUCACCAGCAACCUGCGUAUUGGCUUCGGGGCCUUUGUGGACAAGCCUAUGUCACCAUACAUGUACAUCUCUCCACCAGAGGCCCUCAAAAACCCUUGCCAUUAUAUGAAGACCACCUGCUUGCCCAUGUUUGGGUACAAACAUGUGCUCACCCUAACUGACCAGGUGACCCGCUUCAAUGAGGAGGUGAAGAAGCAGAAUGUGUCACGAAACCGAGAUGCCCCAGAGGGUGGCUUUGAUGCCAUCAUGCAGGCUACAGUCUGUGAUGAAAAGAUUGGUUGGAGAAAUGAUGCAUCUCACUUGCUGGUGUUUACCACUGAUGCCAAAACUCAUAUAGCAUUGGAUGGAAGGCUGGCAGGAAUUGUCCAGCCCAAUGAUGGGCAGUGCCACAUUGGCAGUGACAACCUUUACUCUGCUUCCACUACCCUGGAUUAUCCCUCUCUGGGGCUAAUGACCGAGAAGCUGUCGCAAAAGAACAUCAAUUUGAUCUUUGCAGUGACUGAAGGUUUAGUCAGUCUCUACCAGAAUUACAGUGAGCUCAUCCCAGGGACCACAGUGGGGGUUCUUUCCACAGAUUCCAGCAAUGUCCUCCAGCUCAUUGUUGACGCCUACGGGAAAAUCCGCUCUAAAGUAGAGCUGGAAGUGCGUGACCUCCCUGAGGAGUUGUCUCUAUCCUUCAACGCCACAUGCCUCAACAACGAGGUCAUCCCGGGCCUCAAGUCUUGCGUUGGACUCAAGAUUGGAGACACGGUGAGCUUCAGCAUUGAGGCCAAGGUACGUGGCUGCCCUCAGGAGAAGGAGAAGUCCUUCACCAUCAAGCCCGUGGGCUUCAAAGACAGCCUCACCAUCCAGGUCACCUUUGACUGUGACUGUGCCUGCCAGGCCCGGGCUGAGCUUUACAGCCCCCGCUGCAACAAUGGCAAUGGGACCUUCGAAUGUGGGGUGUGCCUCUGCGGGCCUGGCUGGCUGGGGCCCCAGUGCGAGUGCUCAGAGGAGAGCUACCACCCCUCCCAGCAGGAUGAGUGCAGCCCCCGGGAGGGCCACCCUGUCUGCAGCCAGCGGGGCGAGUGCCUGUGCGGCCAGUGUGUCUGCCACAACAGUGACUUUGGCAAGAUCACGGGCAAGUACUGCGAGUGCGAUGACUUCUCCUGUGUCCGCUACAAGGGGGAGAUGUGUUCGGGUCAUGGCCAGUGUAGCUGUGGGGACUGCCUCUGUGACUCUGACUGGACCGGCUACUACUGCAACUGUACCACACACACUGACACCUGCAUGUCCAGCAACGGGCUGCUGUGCAGUGGCCGGGGCAAGUGCGAAUGUGGCAGCUGCGUCUGCACCCAGCCCGGCUCCUACGGGGACACCUGUGAGAAGUGUCCCACCUGCCCUGAUGCCUGCACCUUUAAGAAGGGGUGUGUGGAGUGUAAGAAGUUUGACCGGGGAGAGCUGCACGAGGAAAACACCUGCAACCGUUACUGCCGUGAUGAGAUUGAGCUUGUGAAGGAGCUAAAGGACACUGGCAAGGAUGCAGUGAAUUGUACCUACAAGAAUGAGGAUGACUGCGUGGUCAGAUUCCAGUAUUAUGAAGACUCCAGUGGAAAGUCCAUCCUCUAUGUGGUGGAAGAACCAGACUGUCCCAAGGGCCCCGACAUCCUGGUGGUCCUGCUCUCGGUGAUGGGAGCCAUUCUGCUCAUCGGCCUUGCUGCUCUGCUCAUCUGGAAACUCCUCAUCACCAUCCAUGACCGGAAGGAGUUUGCUAAAUUUGAGGAAGAGCGAGCCAGAGCAAAAUGGGACACGGCCAACAACCCACUGUAUAAAGAGGCCACAUCCACCUUCACCAAUAUCACCUACCAGGGCACUUCAUAACAAGCAGUCGUCCUCAGAUCAUUAUCAGACUAUCCCAGGAUUGUGGGAGUCUCUCCCAUCGUGUUUACAGUGGAGAGUAUCUACGGGGUGGGAUUUGGGGCUUAAAGUGGGGUGGAUUGGGAGAAUGUCUGUAUGUGGAGGUGUGGAUCUCUGUGUAUAUGUGUGUAUGACUGUGUUGCGUGUGGGAGCAUGUGUAAUUUAAAACUUGUGAUGUAUCCCGGAUAAGGGGAACUCCUCAGCCUUUGUCCUCAGAAUGCCUCCUACAGGGAUUCUUCCUGCUUAGCUUGAGGGUGACCUGUAUGGCUGAGCAGGUAUUCUUCAUUACCUCAGUGAGAAACCAGCUUUCCUUAUUGGGCCAUUCUCCCUGAAGAGAAGGGCUAGGCUGAGGCCCCUUAUUCCAGAGGAAGGAAUGCCAAGCCUCAGCUCUACCCUGAUGAUGAGUUUAUGGUUCUUGGGACUGCCCCUCAGCAGCUAUGGUGGGAACUGCUGGGCUUUGCACCCGGUUGUGUCGUCUACCCCUAUCUCCUUCCCUUCCCUCAAGUCGAAGGAAUCAGUAGAGAGCUGAACCAUGAGAGCUGCCUGUGCCUUUUGCCAUCACCUCCAUUCAGCCUAUAAGGGGAGUCCUUGCUACCUAAUUCUGUGACUUAUUGGGAGUGAGAAUGGCAGGGUCACCAAGAGGUCAUGCAUAACCAGCAUCCCCCAGUUCACAAUCACAACCCUUCAGGUUUGCCUCAUUGAGGGCUCCUGGAGGUUCAUUUAGAAAUGUGUCACUCUUAGACCAGCACCAUCGCCUUACUUCCUACUUCCACACUCUCGCUGCUGUAGACAUUUGCUACGUACUGAGGAUUUCUCUCUUGACCGAGGGAAGUGCUAUGGUUAGUGCCAGAUGUCUGGCCCUGACCCUUCAGGCCUUCUUCCGUUUGUCCAGGGCACCACCACACACCCACCCCUGUGCCUCUGUGUACUACAUCUAUCCAUGGGGCUGAUUGCAUUUAUCUACCUCUUGGGUGUCUUGUGAAGGAACCAUUCUUGUGGGUCUCUGAGCCUGCCAGACAAAAGUGCCAGGGUGGAAUGAUGGGCCAGUUGUGUCAGCAUGUGUGGCGUAUUCUAGGGCUGGGCAAUGUCAUUUUAACUCAGUCUUUAAUUUGAGAGGCCACAAGUGCCAUUUUAUUUUAUUUUUCUCUUGGGGCACCUGAAACCACAAUGAGCCUUGUUUAAUAUAAAAGGACAUGUGUAUAAGUACACUUGUUUAUAAAUACAAUUAUAGUUGUAAUUUUAUUUGAUAACAAGGAAGGGAACCAUAAAAAACUACAGACUUGGGCCGGAUACAGACACUCCUACCUGGCAUCAUUCCGAGCGAGCUGCUGCCCAGCCAGUGGGUCUGUAAGGGCUGUUUCUGAAAGCCUGUGGGGAUGGACAUAUGGAUGUGCUGGACCUUUCCUGAGGAGGAGGGAAAUAGGUUGUUCUUUUUACUCCUAGCGAUAGGUGCCCCUCACCCCCAGGAAAAAGUAAAAGACCUAUAAACAGUGAUCUGAGAAUCAGAAGAUCUGAGUCCUGAUCUCAGUAUUGCAGUUAAGGAGUCUUUAAUAUUCAUUUAAUUAAUUUAACAUUAAGAAAACCUGCGCUCGGUUUUCUAGUUUGAAAAAUCAGCUUGGACUAGCUGACCUUGAAAGGUUUCUUUCAGUAUCAGGAUUGUGAGAUUCAGAAGGAGCCCUGGUGGAGCAAUGGUUAAGCGCUCAGCUGCUAACCACACGGUUGGCAGUUCAAACUCAGCCAGCAGCUCUGAAGGAGAAAGACCUGGCAUUCUUCUCCUCUAUAAGAUAGCCUAGAAAACCCCAUGGGGAAGUUCUAUUCUGUCCUAUAGGGUUGCUAUGAGUUGGAACAGAUUCAAAGGCACCCAUCAACAAUAACAGUAUUCUAAGAUUCUAGAACUUAACCGUGACAUCAAACAUACAGUCUCAAGAUUCUGUAGGAUGUUGAUACUGUUUUUUUUUUUCCAGUUGGGAGGUCUCAGAGAUUGGCUUUGGCAAGAGCAGAUGUCAUUCUAUAUCACCUUUCUCUAUGAAAAAGCCUUAUUCUUUCAUCUUUUAGAACCCCUCCUCCAUCUUCUGUUACCAGUUAAUCUCCUGACGUAGCACUUAAGCUCCACUUAGCUCUUAUUUCUUAAUUCAGUUUGCACAUAUUUGUAUCCACAUAUUAGGGAAGAGGAAUCCAUGAGAAGUAGCUGGAACUUGUAUUCUGUAUCCAUGUGAUAAUACUGAGAAUAAGCCUUAGAAGUACGAACAGGGCAAAUGACUGAACUGCUGUGUCACCCAUGGAUUACUCCUUACUAUAGGGGAUGGGAAUGUGAUAGAGGGAUAAAUGAGGGAGGGGUGGAGAUGACUGCAAAUUCAAGAAGUUUUAGAACCUAGUUAUAAUCUUUAGCUUCUGAGAUGUAGCGUUCAUUAGAGUAGUAGUGGCACAUUUUCUUUAGACAAGAUGAUUUAUAUGAAGAAACUACAUCAAAGGGGGAAGAAAGUAUAUCCAGAGGAUGGAAGCAUCACUAGGAAUCCUGUCUGAGCUUCUGGAAUGAGGCUCACAGGCCUUGAAGACCAGCACUGUUUGUCAACCUGUUGGUGCGCUCAUAAGAUAGCACACAGUCAGUUCUGAUGUUAUGUAGGAGGAACAUAUAAGUAGUAUUUUGGCAUCAGACAACACAGCCCAAAUGGGCUAUUUUUGCCCAGCUCUUUUGGAGCUUAUUUAUGUCCAGUCUCAGGGUCUAUGGACAAUAGUGGAAAACUUUAAACAUUCCUGACUUCUAGGCAACAACUUGCCACAUAAGGAGUCAGUUCUUUACCUCUCAGCUAUUCCUAGAACACCCAUGAUUUUAAGAUACUUCUAUUUGUUAAGUAUUCCUGGUUGAAAUUACUUAAGUGUCUUCCUAAUUUUAUAACCAUCUCCUCUGUCUGAGUUGUACAAUAGUGUAUUAAAAGUGCUUAAAAAAAAA